AUGUCAGUCACUGUGUCGGCACGUCAGUCUCAUUCAACAACAUUUAAAAGACAAAAUAUAAUUGCCGUACCAACAUCGGGUAACAAGUGCAUAGAUAUGGCCAAUGAUAAACGUACAAAAAAUUCCACCAUAUCUGUGCCAUCAUCGCCGAGAUUAAACAAUAAUCCAUCUACAACACAACAUAGAUGUCAACAGUUUCAUUAUUCUCAAAUUCCACCGACAAUAUCUUUACCAUCAAUAUCCUCCAAAUCUACAUGUUCAAGCGACAGGACAUCUAAACAACGUUCAGUACCAUCCCCUAGAGUACGCUUACAAUCUAUUAAUGACGUUGAUUCUGAAGAAAAAACAGAUCAAAAAUUGUGUGCGGUUACUAAUUUUUCACGACUGUUAAAUCGUCCACAAUUACAACAAAGUAACCAUCUUUCCUCUCAAACACGCACUCGUGUGUCAUCUGCACCAGUAGGCAAUAGUCUACAACAACCAUCGUCAGUCGUAGUUCGAAAACCGCGGUCAGCUAAUGAAAGUAUCCAACAGCAAAAAUCUAAUCUAUCGCAUAAAGGUAGUGGCACAACGCUGAAUCAUUCUCGUAGAAAAAACUCCACAAUGAAAACAAACUAUAAUAAUCAACAACUCAACACCAAUCACAGAUAUCGUCUAGUUAAAGUUGAUAAAAAGCAGUACCAGGUAAAACUCUCACAACAAUCCCAUUCAAAAGUGUUAGAUGCUGCUCAGAAACAUCGAACAUUAGUGUUAGUACGAACAAAGCCAACGAAGAAUAUAUUUACUAACGAACAUCAUUCAUUACCACAGUGCGAUCGAAAAGAUAAUUUGUUAGCGGUGUCAAAAACAAAUAAUAGUUCAUCAAAUAUACUCAAGCAAAGUAUACAUUCACCAGAUUUCCGACUACAUUUAGAGCAAAAAAAUAUAUCUCUAGUACGACAACCAUUAAUGAUGGUUAAUACAACUCUACAACAAUCUUCAUCCUCCUCUUCCUCUUCAUCAUCGAUCGGAUCUCAGUUAUCUCCUCAGAACCAAUUAGUUGAUCAAAAUCAAGAUAUUGAUAGUGGCGAAAGAUUCAACUUUGUAUCAUCAAAACCUGAAGUUAUAGAUUCAAAUGGAAUAAAAGCGAUUCUAAUUGAUAUUAACAAAUUCGAUGAUGAUAAACGGUUUAGUUCAUUGUCAAAGACAACAUCGAAAACAGACAGUCAGACACGUUCAUCAGCAUAUCGAAAAACAAAUUAUUCAGAUCUAACGAAAUUUGAAUAUGUUGUUGCGAAUUCUUUUGACAAUACAACAACACCAUUUAAAAUAUCACCUCGUUCAUCAUCACAAAAUCGAGACGAAAUGGGAUUCAGUUCAAAUUCAAAAGCACCUCAAUUAGAAUCAUCAAUUGUCGCAGACAGUGUAAACCAAAGUGAUAAUCUAGGAUAUACAUCAAUAUUAAGAACAAAUACAACAACAACCGAAAGACAACAUUUGUUGGAUGAUGUUGAUACAUUGGAACAUGAUGACGAUGAAAAUAGCAAAGAUGAACAAAUUGCAUUAUGUUAUGAUGAAAUAUUGGACUGUUUCUAUGAUCCAGAGACAAAAAUUUAUUAUGAAUUACAAUCGACAUAA